GACACUCUCACACACAACUUUGAGCUUUGCAGAAAUGAGUUCUAAUUUAGGCCAUUCGUCUCCUCCACUGUAUACGAUGGAUUCUGGUGGAGGUCAUACUCAACCGCAUCGGUAUUAUCAUCAGCAGAUGCUCGGACAGGGAAAUCCACCCCUGGUACCCUGCUGGACAUUCCCUCCUGCUCGAGCUGAGAUGAAGAGAAGGCGGUGGGGAACAAUGAGCACUGGGAUGACUUGGGUGCUGACUUUGAUACUUCUGUUGGUUUUUGCGGCCCUGGGGCUGGGAGCCUACCAGAUCCUGAGGUUGCAGACUGAAGUGGAGAGGCUCACACAGGAAAUGCCUGCACAAAUUGAGAGCAUCGCCCCACAGAAACAAGUUGGCAUGUUACCUGCAGAGCUGAACAAGCUUACUCAAAAAACGGCUGCACAUGUAAUUGGAUGUGCAGACCAGAGGAAAUCACCCGGAACUCUGAAAUGGGAAGCGACACAUGGUGAGGUGUUCACAAAUGGCAUCAAGUAUAGCAAUGGCGGCCUUCAGGUGAACGAGACUGGCUUAUACUUUGUUUACUCCCGUGUGGAGUUUCUAGCAAGGACAUGCAAACCCACAGACUCUCUCACCCACAUGGUGUUUGUGUUUAGAAAUGGACGCAAUCAAACAAUUAUGGAGGAUCAUAAAGAGGGUUUCUGUAUGUCAGGGGGAAAGCAGGUGUGGAUGACAGGCAGUCAUCUGAGCUCUCUUCAACAUCUCAAGCAGUCAGAUUGGCUGUAUGUCAACGUUUCACACCCACUUCUGCUCAGCAAAAAUUGGAAUUAUAAUUAUUUUGGCCUUUUUAAGAUCCAUUGAUCGUGAAGAUCUUGAAGACGUGGUACUUGAGUGUGAGUUCAGGUGAAGAGGUUUUGCUUUGGACUUUCUGAUCUUCCCCAAGAUCACCUGUGCUUCAUCUGCAUUCAUGCAUCCACUGCUGUGCAAGCAGUAAGAUUGGCAUUGAGAGAUUGCAUUUCAUUUCCAGCAGAAUGGAUCUUCUUGAGAUGUUAACAGUUUUGCAGAAGAGUUUUCAGAUUAAACGAACACUAAUAAUCUGCUGUAUCAGGAGAAGGUUGGAUAUAAGUAUUUAUUUUCUUUAAUGUCUGUCUGUGGGUAAAAAGUCACAUUGUAUACUAAGGUGAUAAAUCGGUCAUAUUGACUAAUGAUAGUGAUGUACAAACGAAAAAUAACUGAUAUGGUCAAUAAAAUGUGUAAUUAUAAAAUAAAAUGUGGCGUUGAUUAUUA